UUAGUGCUCAAUGAAGUUAUAAAUACAGUACCAGUGUUAGUCACUGAACAGCAAAACUGAGUAGAUAAAGGACACCAGCAGCAGAGAAAGAUCAGAAUAAAUCAAAAUGCCAUUGACUGAUGAACAAAAGGCUGAAUUAAAGAAGAAGUUUGAUUCAUUUGACGUUGAUAAGGAUGGCACUAUCAGUAUAGCUGAGCUGAAGGCAGUCUGUGAGUCCAUGGGACUCAAUAAGAGCGAGCUGGAGAUAGCUGAAUAUAUUGAUAGAGCUGACAAGGACGGGAGUGGUACUGUUGAUUUUGAUGAAUACUGUCAGCAUUAUGCUGAAAUUGAUGAACAGAGAAUGUGGGAACUAUUUCAAAAAUAUGACACUAAGAAUGGGACAGAGGAAGGCAAUGGAUAUCUUGACCUGGAGGAACUUACUGCUCUAGUGAAGGACCUCAAUUUUAGAAACAUCAAAAAAAGAACAAUCAAAUACUUUAUGAAACAACUUGACACAAAUGGAGACAAGAAAAUAAGCUUUGAAGAGUUCAAGGCAAUGAACAGAACAAAACUCAUGAAGAAAUAAAAGUAGCUUCAUCUCAAGGUGGAGAUCAUUAUUGACAUAUUUUUGGUUUUUAAAUUAAUUAUCAGUUUAAAAGUUUGCAAACAAUAGAACAUAACUCAUUAAUCUUUUGUCAAUUGGUUUUAAAGUGUCAAUUAUUAUUUUUAAAAUGUUGUAUGGAUUUCUCCAUUCCCUCAGCAAAA